ACUUCGUGAGCUACGAAUAGACACCAGAGAGAGCAGGGAGGAAAACAGUAGUAGUGAAUCUGAUCAACAUAUAAUAAUUGUAUGGCUCCUCCACUUCUCAGAGUCCGCGCAGCUGCCAUCUUGUUCGUCACUGUUAUUAUUACAUCAGCGGCAAAGUUGUCCGAAUGCGCAAGAAUUUUCACCAUAGUGAACGGGUGCAAGGAGAAGGUGUGGCCGGGAAUAUUACCGGCGAACAACUCCAACGGUGAAGGCGGCGGUUUCUCUUUAAAACCGGGCCAAUCCGCAGUGUACACUGCUCCGCCGGGGUGGAGCGGCCGCAUCUGGGGACGAACCGGCUGCAAUUUCGACAAGUCCGGCAACGGCACUUGCGAGACCGGCGGCUGCGGCAACUCCCUUAACUGCACCGGACCGGGCAAACCGCCUUCCUCGAUUGCCGAGUUUACCCUCGGAGGCGGCGGCGGCAGUCAGCUCGACUACUACGACGUCAGCCUCGUCGACGGCCUAAACUUGCCGAUCGUGGUUAUGCCGAGGAACGGCACCGGCAACUGCAGCGCCGCCGGCUGCGACAAGGACCCGAGGCAGAAUUGCCCGUCGGAGCUUGCCGCUAAAUCCAGGGACGGGAAGAUCGCGGCGUGCCGGAGCGCGUGUAACGUGUUUAACACCGACGAGUACUGCUGCAGAGGGAUGUACGGAAAUCCGUUGGCGUGUAAACCGUCGAACUAUUCGAAGAUAUUCAAGGAGGCGUGCCCCGUCGCGUACAGCUACGCUUACGACGAUCCCACCAGCAUUCUCACCUGCUCCGCUCCCGAUUAUAUCGUCACCUUUUGUGCUUCAAGGAAUCAAACAGUGUGCUCCUACCAUGACAACCAUCUUGUUUGCAAUGGAUCGAAGGCCUUAGCAACAGUCUCUCAGAGGUGGCGUGUCCUGCUCGCAUCGCUAUUCAUUAUUAAUUUUCAAAUCAAGUUUUAUUAAUUUUGAAGAAGGCGGAUGAAUUUUGUACUCCACAAGUGUGCCUCAUGUCUAUUUUUUCUUUCUUUCUUUCUUAAUUUUUGUUUUAUUUACUUUUUUAUUUUUAAAAAUUUUUCCUACAUAUUGCAACACCAUAUUUUCCCACCAUAGCAUAACUCUAUAUAUAAAAGGAAUUCAUCUA